AUGGACGGCGAAAAUGGGUGCACACCCGCCAACCCCAAAUGCUUCAAAAUAGCUGCAGAUUACGAUGUCGUGACUUCUAAAGCGUGUGACGGAGCGGACGCUGCGUCCGCGCACGGCGCUGCUGUCUCCGCCGCGUGUGGCGCGGAGCCGGCAGCGAACGGCGCCCAGCCCCGGCAACCUGCGCUGUCCGCCCUGUCGCUCGCGCCGGUUACCCCAGGCGAAGACGAGGUUUCGACAAAGCACCGCUUGCGCUUGACUGAAAGCGACUGUUCUCCUGAGCCCACCAUUGAUAAAAACCGAAAUUCUCCGCCUGAGGACGACGCGGAAAAGGGGGAAACUUGCGCCAACGCGGAAGCGCAAGCGGAGAGGUCGAACUCAACGCCGAAGACUGCGGAGAGGCGGAGAAGCUGCGGGGACGGCGGGGAGACGGAGGAGCGAAUGCGCGCGCAACUGGCGGACGCGCGGAAGAUGGUGCGCGCGCUGGUGGGGGAGCUGGCGGCGAGAGACGUUGAGGGGUACGAUGACGUGGCAUCGGGGGACGAUGACGAGGACGUGCAGGAAGAUGACGAAGAUGGGAGAGACCAAGGAGACGAAUUCGAUUUGACCAAGCCUCCAUCCCGAUCCCCGUCCCGCGCCUCACAAUUCUUCCGCCGUUUCCCCGCCCGCACCCGCCAUCCCCAGGCGCUGCGGCAGGAGCGGCGGGUGGUGCGGCUGAAGCAGCAGCUGGUGCGCGCACGGGCGGAACGGGACUCCCUUGAGGCGGAGAUGCGCGCGGAAAGGGCGGAAUGGCGCGCGCUGGAGGCGGAAGCCCGCAGGGGGAGGGAGGCCGCAGCUAGAAGUGUUGCUCCCGAGGCUGCACGGCCGAAGGCUGCGCAGCGGGUGGGAGGUUGUGUGGAGGCCGACGCUAGAAACGAGAAGCAGAUGAUUAUAGGAAGCGAGCAGGCGGGCAGCGGUGGCGGCUGCUGCUGCUGCGGGGGGAGUGAGGCGUUGGAAGAGCUACAGGCGCAGGCGAUGAUGGCACAGGGGGAGGUGUAUCUGGUGCAGGCGCAGCUGGAACGGACGGAGGCGCAGCUGGUGCGCGUGCAGGAGGAGAGGCGGAAGGAGAGGGAGAGGCACCGGGGUGCUCUGAAACAGUUCGUGCGAUUUGCGAUGGAGGAUAGGGAGAGGGAGAAGGGAAGAGCUGAGGAGGAGAUGGGGAGGGAGAGGAGGGAGAUGGAGGAGAGGCGGAGGAAGGAGAUGGGGGGACUGGAGGAAGAGGUGGAGAGGUUGAGGAGGGAGGUGGAGAAGGGAAGGGAGAGGGGGAGAGAGAGGGUGCAGGAGGCGUGGGAGAGAGGACGGAAGGAGGGGGCGGGUGAGGCGGAAUUCAUGCGGAAGGUGAUUGGGGAGGGGGAGAGGCGAGUGGGGGAGCUAAGGGCGCGAGUUAGACAGCUAGAGCAGGAGAAAGGGGAGGUUGAGAGGGAGAGGAGCGAGUGGGACGCGGAGAGGAGGGAGUGGGAGGCAGAAAGGAGGAAGAUGGAGGGGGAGGUGAAGGGGGAACAGGCGAGGAGGAGAGCAGUGGAAGCGGCAUUGAGAAGGGUAGAGAGAGAGGUGGUAGAGCUGAGGAGGGCAAGGGGUGCUGUGGAGGGGGAGAGGAGGGCGGUGGUGAGAGAGGUGCAGAAAGAGGUGAUGCGGGAGAGAGAGAGGGUGGAGAAAUUGGAGUGGGGGGUGGAGGGGUUGACAGGCGAGGUGGGGGAGUUGAAGGGCGAUGUGGAGGGAUUGAAAAGUGGGGAGGCACAGCGGGCUGCAGAGGCAGCGUGUUAUGAGAAUGCUCACAAGCCCACGCAUGCACACCGGGCAGCACCUGUCUGUAUGGAGCCGAAGCAGGUCCCUCCCAGGCCAGCAGCAGCCAAGGGUCGGAGGGAGGAGAUGGAGGGGCAGCAGUGGGUUGCUGCUCCUGCUGCCCUGGUGGCAAUGGUGCAGUUGAGGGGACUCUCGUGCUGGGGGGACCUGGCCGACAUACCAGCAGCAGCAGCAGCAGCAGCAGCAUGGGCACGAGCACAAGCAGUGGGUGUUUGCCCCAUCUCAUUGCUUUGA